AUGGAAUCAGAAGCUGACUUUGGCAAUGGCUUAUUAAGCACAGAAGUUGGACAUCGACGUCGUUCUACUUCAGUUUCUGAUGAUUAUUCAGUUCAGAAGACAAAUGAUGAUGCAACGGAAUGUAAAUUUGUCGCUGUUCAGGUUAUUUUGUUUCGAGUGUUUUACUAUAAGAGCCUAGGUCGUAUGAUAUUUCUACAUGGUGAGGGGUUUUAA